AUGCGUACUGUUGCAGAACAUAUAGUGGGUGGAAUGUCCUUGAUCUCACCGACGGACGAAAACGUGAAUACAUUGACAUCUGCUUUGCAAGACGAUAAGGGCUAUUCCGAAUCGGUUGGUAGCAUGCGCGUGUGCUGGUCGUGCGUGGAUUCAGUAUACGAGCAGAUAGUGGCUGGUACCAAGUACUGGUUCAAUAUAAACGGCUGCAAUGUCAUAAGGCCGGAAGUCCAGGACUCUGUCAUGAUGCUGGAAGGCAAGUGCUCUGACACGACGUUGGAAUCCUGCACACCCACGCCGUACCAGGUGCAAAUCUGGGAGAAAGAGUGGUUGAACAUGCGUCAGGUUUUGAGCAUUACGCAAAGGAGCUCUAGUGGGGGACCUGAUAUGAUGACUGCACCGAACCCGUACGCGUGCACGGAUCAGAAGCCGUCAGUGAGUGGGCCACCCAAUCAGCCAAAUGGAGUUCAGCAGCCGACACAAGUCGAAACGAAUUCGUUGUAG